AGUGCAUGAAAACCAUGACACCAAACAAAGCCAGCAAAGCAUUGAAAAGAAACUAGCCGUUACACUCCUGCCCCUCACAACGGUCAUAUGAAACACCUUCAAAUAGCCCCCAUUUCUCCCCUUCCUCAUUACACUCCUCCAUCUUCUUCUCCAACUCCUAUCUAAACUCUCCCUCUCUCUCUCUCUCUCUGAAACUUCUUCUCUGAAGAACUCAAGGAAAAAUAAUGGGAGGCCUAACCAUCAUCAGCCCUCAGCCAUCAUCCUCCAUGUCCAGGUCACACUACCACACCCACAAAGCCUUCCUCUUGACCAACUACCUCCUCCUUGGCGCCGCCUCCAGCUGCAUCUUCCUCACGCUGUCUCUCCGUCUCAUCCCAUCCCCGUCUGGUCUCCUCCUCGACUUCCUCCAUGCACUCACCAUCGCCGGAGCUAUCUACGCCUGCGCCACCAUAGCCGCCCACCCCUCCCCCUCCGGUAGCUGGUAUGCCUUCCACAUGAUCUCCACUGUGCUCGCUGCCAUCUUCCAAGGCGCUGUUGCAGUGCUCGUCUUCACCAGGACCGAUGACUUCCUCGCUGCAUUGAAGUCAUAUGUUCGGGAGGAAGAUGCAGUUGUUAUUCUCCGGAUGACAGGCGGGCUCGGCAUUGCUAUGUUCUGCUUGGAGUGGAUGGCUCUGGCACUGGCCUUUGUGUUGAGGUACUAUGCUUAUGUGGAGGACAGCAAUGGUAGUUUGGCUAUGGUGAGGAGGAGUGCUAAGGUGCAGCAUGAAGAGGAUCUCAGCAACUGGCCAUGGCCUUUCCAGGUCUAGAACUAUCUAUCAAGUCAGACUAUGUCUGAAAACUUAUACCAAGUGUCACUAUGCUAUGGUGUGUUGUUUGCUUGAAUUCUUUCAUUGUUUGUUUCUUAUAUGUGUUUUGUGAUCUUCUAUCAAUGUAUUCCAAGUGUUCUUGGUGUGUUCUAAAAA